AGGUACAAGUGACCCCCCUUCGUUGAGAAUGAAAGUCAACUCAUCAAUCUCAGCUCCGCAGCACAUCGGCGCGUAACGAUCCGGGGAGCGUGUUUCUUUAAGAAUGCAAGGUGGGUGAGACCCUUUUCCUGACGCACGCCUGGUAUGCAAACAUAAAUUUAGCAGCAACGUGUUUGCCGGGGAAGCAAAAUAUCUGGAAGCCACGGAGGAGUGUCAUGUCGUCUCCGUCCUGCCUUGGCUGACUUUUAGCUUUUCCUCUCUCUGGAAACUGGAGCCGAAGCGCGGCGCGGCGCGAGGAGAGCUGAGCGGAGCGGAGUGGAGCGGAGCGGACCCUCUUUCUGAGUCCUCCUGAGUGACUGGGAAAGGCUUGGACAGAGAACGGGGCAACCACAGUGGUCUCUCAGCAGCCUGAAAUUGCAUUGAAUGCGUUUGCGUCCGAGAUGACUGGAAGUGGUUCGUUGGCAACCGGGCUCCUUCUCCUCGCCGUCUGCGCGGAGGUUGCCGUGGGGUCCAACGAUGGGGAAGCCGUGUUCAUCAGGGAGUUCACUCUGAUUCGACGGGACCAUCUUCCCGAAGAGCCUCUCCACGACAGCGGCCCGAAACCAGACGACUCGAGCUCACGGACGGCCCGGUCAGAGGAGGACAGGGACACGCUGUGGGACGCCUGGGGCUCGUGGAGCGAGUGCUCUCGUACCUGCGGAGGAGGAGCAUCGUACUCCCUCAGACGAUGCCUCAGCUCCAAGACUUGCGAAGGGCAGAAUAUCAAAUAUCGCACAUGCAGUAAUGUGGACUGCCCUCCAGACGCCGGUGACUUCCGUGCCCAGCAGUGUUCAGCUCACGCAGACGUGCGAUACCAGGGCCAGUACCAUGAGUGGCUGCCCAUGUACAACGACCCGGACAACCCCUGCGCUCUCAAAUGUAAAGCCAAAGGCUCGGGCCUCGUGGUGGAGUUGGCGCCCAAGGUGCUGGAUGGAACCCGGUGUUACACCGAGUCUCUGGACAUGUGCAUUAGUGGAGUCUGCCAGAUUGUUGGUUGUGAUCACGAGCUGGGAAGCACAGUGAAGGAGGACAACUGUGGCAUCUGCAACGGCGACGGCUCAUCCUGCAGACUUGUGCGAGGGCACUACAAAUCCCAGCAUGCUUCAGGAAAAACUGAGGACACGGUGGUCAUCAUCCCCUACAAGAGUCGUCACGCUCGCCUCGUCCUGAAAGGCCCGGAUCACUUGUAUGUGGAGAGUAAAACUCUACAGGGCUUAAAAGGUGAAGUGAUCCUGGAUAAAACUGGGCAGUACCAUGUGGAGAACACCACCUUGGACUACCAGAAGCUCUCGGAUAAAGAGAUCCUGAGAAUCGCUGGCCCUCUCGGAGCUGACUUCACUGUCAAAGUGCAGUUUGUGAGCGGAGCAGACAGCGUGGUCCAGUACAUCUACUACCAGCCCAUCAUCCACCGCUGGAGAGAGACCGACUUCUUCCCUUGCUCCGUCACCUGUGGUGGAGGUUACCAGCUAACCUCAGCGGAGUGCUUUGAUCUACGGACUAGCCGGGUCGUCGUUGAUCAGUAUUGCCAUUAUUACCCAGAGAACGUCAAACCGAAGCCCAAACUGCAGGAGUGUAACAUGGAGCCCUGUCUGGACAGCGAUGGCUACAAGCAAAUUAUGCCAUACGACCUCUACCACCCCCUGCCUCGAUGGGAGAGCAGCCCCUGGACGGCGUGCUCCACCUCCUGCGGUGGCGGCAUCCAGAGCCGCUCGGUGUCGUGCGUGGAGGAGGACAUGCAGGGGACCAUCACACCCACGGAGGAGUGGAAGUGCCUGUACUCGCCCAAGACGGCUAUAAUGCAGCCUUGCAACACCUUCGACUGCCCCACCUGGCUGGCACAGGAGUGGUCACCGUGUACAGUCACCUGUGGCCAAGGCCUGCGCUACAGGGUGGUGCUAUGCAUCGAUCAUAGAGGGCUCCACGCCGGAGGCUGCAACCCCACCACCAAACCCCAUAUCAAGGAGGAGUGCCUGGUGACUGUGCCCUGCUACAAGUCCAUAGAUACGCUGCCUGUUGAGGCAAAGCCCGUGUGGCACAAGCAGGCCAUAGAGCUGGAGGAGGAAGUCACUGUGACUGAGGAACCAACCUUCGUCCCUGGUCCCUGGCAGCCCUGCAGCAGGACUUGUGGUGCCGGGACCCAGCGACGGACUGUCAAGUGCCAGGUGCUGCUUUCCUUCUCCCAGACUAUUGCUGACCUGCCCGAUGAUGAAUGCGAGGGGGAUAUGCCUGCCACAAGCCAGCCUUGCUAUCGCACUCCCUGCUCUGGAGUGUUGGGCCAAGGAGGAGAAGACAAAGAACACGAGGAGGAGGAGGACGAGCAGGAGAAGGGCAAGACACUGCAGAAAGAAGAACUGCACGACUGGGAGUAUGAGGGGUUUACCGAGUGCUCGGAGAGUUGCGGGGGAGGUGUGCAAGAGGCCGUGGUCAUCUGCUUGAACAAGCAAACCAGGGAGGCAGCAGACCAAGGAAUGUGUGUGAGCUCUCGUCGGCCCCCGCAACUCCUCCAGGACUGCAAGACCCAGCCCUGCCCUCCCAGGUGGGAAACAGGGGAGUGGAGUUCAUGCUCUGCUACUUGUGGGGUUGGUUUGAUGACACGCUCUGUGGCUUGCACUCACCGGCCCUCUCGGGACAGCAACCACACUGCAGUUUUGAGAGAUGAAGACUGUCAGAACCCCAAGCCCAGUCCCGUGCAAGCCUGCAACCGCUUCGACUGCCCUCCCAUGUGGGCAACACGUGACUGGGGACAGUGUUCCCAAAGCUGUGGUGGUGGAGUUCAGUGGAGGCAGGUACUUUGCAAACAGCGGCUGGCAGAUGGCAGCAUCAUGGAGCUGCCUGACACCUUUUGCCCCUCGAAAAGCCCUUCGAACCAGCAACUUUGCGGCAUGCAGGACUGCCCAGCUCAAUGGGUCACAACUGAAUGGUCCCAGUGUUCGGUGACCUGUGGAAAUGGCAUUCAGACUCUGCAGGCCAUUUGCAGGAAACAGGGGGAGAAUGGGCGAUAUUGGACAAUAGAUCCUAAGAACUGUUCUCUGCUGGCCCGGCCCAUCAAAAUCCGGCCAUGCUCCCUCAACCACUGUGAAAACUCUGUCAAGCCCGAUCCCACCAUCCUGGCCCAGAGGAAGGUUUAUAUCCAGUGGAGGAAGGCCAAGAAGUUGCAGUUGGUCAUUGGAGGUUAUGCUUACCUCCUACCCUGGACAACUGUGGUCCUUCGCUGCCCAACACACCACUUCCGCAAGGGCCACAUCCGAUGGCUAAAGGAAGGGAAGCCCCUGGUCAGCCUUCCACACCUCUCCAUAGCGUCUCUCGGAUAUGUGAAGAUUCACCAGGUCCGUGCGUCUGACGCAGGGAUAUACACAUGCAUGGCGGGCCAGGCGCAAGAGCAUUUUGUGUUGCAGAUCAUUGGCAGCAAGCAAAAACUAUCUCUUCCAGAGUCGUGGCUCCUUGAGAGUAGACAACAAAAAGUUGAGCGGUCAGGUGCAACCUCGACCAGAGAAGGAAUUCAAGAGCUACCCAUCUCCUUAAACCAGUAUGACAACAUUGUGGAGCAUUUGCUUGAGCUCAAAGGCUCUUUCCAAGAUGAAAAAUACCUUGCAGACAAACCACACUCCAGUGAAAAGAACAGAUCGACGCCGGAGGAUGAGAGGGCAAGCUCAGAACUGUCCAACCCGGUAGUAAUAAUUGCUGACCCCCAGCAACUAGAUGAGAUCACGCACAACCUUGGGGCACCCCAGGGGCAACAGCUCAUCGCUGAGUUACUUAGCGAGCUCACCAUGGCACAAAGUGAAACCAACGAGUCUACCCUUCACCCUACGGAAAGUGCCGAAUCUUCCACACAAGGACCGUUCGUUUACAGACAGAACAUCAAACCCCAUUCAUCAAAAGCUAGAAAGCCAAUGAUAAUCCAGCGGCCCAAGAAGGUUGCCGUGGCUCUUCAGUCUGAAAUGGUAGCUCAUGUGGGAACGCCAGUUUUGCUGCAGAAGCAAGUGUCUACUUUGGAACUCAGAUGCGAAGCACUGGGGAGCCCUGAACCCUCCGUAAUGUGGACGAAGAAUGGAAAACGGCUGCACUACAAUAGCAGAGUAUUCCUAUUGUCCACGGGGUCACUGAUGAUCCAGUCUCCAGGAAAAGGGGACGAAGGUUUGUACACCUGCACCGCUAGGAACCGUCUUGGGAGUACGUCACUUUCAUCUAGGCUGCAGGUUACAGGGGUCAAAGGAAGAAGUUGUGUCCAGAGUAACAGCAUGGAAACAAAUGGCCCUGCUUGUUCUGAAAGGAGUAACAGCAGCCAGUCAGCUGAGCCGUGCCAAGGACAAGCCUGCCCCCUCAGGUGGCAAGCUGAUUCAUGGUCGCCGUGUUCGGCCACCUGUGGCGGUGGGUCCCAGACCAGGAGCGUCCGCUGCGUGAAGGGUUCUGAGGGCAGGUCGAGAGAGGUGGAGAGCAAGCAAUGCACUGGAACAGGGAGGAGACCCUCGGAUACCAGACUGUGCAACCUCCUCCCCUGUGCCAGAUGGGCCUCGACCUCCUGGGGUCUGUGUCACGGCCAGUGUGUGGGUCCCAGUUUGGCCACACAGCACCGCCACGUUUACUGCCAAGACACUAAUGGUACCAAAGUCUCCUACAGGAUGUGCAGCGGACUCCAGAGGCCAAGCUCGCUGAAAAAUUGCUCCACAGGGGCGUGCGCCCUUCACUGGCGCGUAGGCCCGUGGACGCAGUGCACCGCCACCUGCGGUCGCCACGGCUUCCAGUCACGGCAGGUGACCUGCAUGCACCAUCGGACCGGGAAGGCCACACGAGAACAUCACUGCAUGUGGAGGCCUCGCCCCCCCAGCUGGCAGCGUUGCAAUAUCUUGUCCUGCGGGAGAGACGGAGAGUGUCAUGACAGCACGAGGUACUGUGAGAAGGUUCGACAGCUGGAGCUCUGCCCUCUGCCACAGUUCAAGAGCCGCUGUUGCUUCUCCUGCCGAAACACCUGAGGUGAGGCGAGAGAUGAGCGGACGUGGAAAAAUCUGGAUCGGGGGCUGAAGGAAAGUGUCAGCGGAUACCUUCCCAACAGCCAUCACUGUCUUCAACGAUCAGCUUAGGACGGGGAACACCUGAGUGGGGGAGGAACGUUUGCCACUGGUUGUGAUCUACUCAAAGAUGUCGGUUUGAAUUGUCUGAGGAGAGACAUGUCUGUAAAUGAAGGCUUCAGUUUCAUUUCUUUUCCUAAAAAAAGCAUCUGAAGUUCGUUUGAACACCUUUCCUUUCUAAAUUAGGCAGACAUUAGAUAUAUUUCCACAUACGAGUAGUAGGAACAUGUGGUGACUGUGUGGUUUUGUAAAGGGGAACUGAAGGAUUGACUGUCAAGAUGUUCACAUUGAUUUAAUCUGGUCUAUUUUUGGGGUUUUCCUAAAAUAAAAAGGAACAAGAAAUGCCGCCACGGGUGCACCAUCGGUUCAUCGGUGUCAAAUUGAAUGUAUACGAACAAGAAAUUCCACUUUUUUUUUUUUUUUUAACACAAGAGCGUGAUUAGAAAAUUAGACAUGUUUAAAAGCCAAUACCCAGGAAUUGUGGGUAAUCCCCUGAGCUUGUGAUAACCACUGGAAAGUUGUGUGUUUGUCUUUAUUGCAAUGGUCUCCAAAACAGUGAUGUUAAAUAGUUUUAAUGCUAAAUGAGCAUUUAUUAACACAGUGUGUGUGAAACCAGUAUAGUGUUACUCGUAGAUGGGAAAUAGCUUACAUGACUGAAAGCCUAGUGUUGAAUAAAUAGUGUACAGUUGGUAUCAGCCUCCUCCUGCUCUGCACUACUACCAUUUUGGGUCAUUUAGCGGCUGUUGAACGUGACGAUUGGUGAAGUCGUUUGAACCAGAAAGGAAUAAAGUUUGCAGGUGUUUUAAGCACGACAGUGUAAAGACUUCUCUUGCAUGGAUUGCACUAUAGGAGGCAUAUGACUGAAGCAAAGAAAUGCUUGGGUGGGGGGAGAAAAAAAAAAGACUCUUGUUUUGCACUCAGAACUCAUCCAAGUCUUUGUUAAGAACAUGGCUUGCAGAGUUUCUUUUCUUGUUUUUUCUUUCUUUUUUUUCAGUCUAGUUUGUAAAGUUACGUCGUUUUAGAUAUUUCGCUUGUUGAAAAGAUUUUUGCCAAAAUGUCCCCUUUAACCACUCUGUGGUGCGAGGCGAGCAGAACUGUUCCCCCGCUGGUGUGACUGAGUCCGGUUCGUCCUGUCCAACAAAUGAUGUUUUUCUUUUCAGUCGUUCUUGGACAGAUCUGAAUACUGGCUGAACUUAAAUAUUAGAUUCACAUGCCGUUAGCACAGAGAGCGAGGGGAUAUUUGCAAGGGUCAUUAUCAGUGUUUGCACAUUACGUCCUAGUUUCCACAAUGAUUCAUCCUUAAGUGCAACACACGGCCUAGCAGGCUGGAUUACUUGGCCUGUCAUUGCGACGUGGUUAUUUGAGAGGAAAAUGUCAAAUAUGCUAUAAGUUAUGUAGAUAUUUGUUUGGUCAUUGUAACUAUUUAUUUUCAUGUGUGUUCUUGUGCAUAGCUUUGUAAAUAACCGCAGGAGUAGGUUUUAAGCAUUCAUUUCUCUGCAGCUGAUGGUAUUUGAUGUGCAUGCAAUGGGGACCCUCUGCUGGUGACUUGAUGUCUUGUUCUUUGCUCAUGCCUGGUUUAUCACUAAAUAAAACAUUCCUUUUUAUAACA